UCAAUUUGUUCUAAAGCCCACCAGUUCUUAGGAGAACAAACUCUAAACUCUUUUACUACUCAAGAAACAUCAAGAACAUGUAUCAGACUAUCAUGUUGUUGGCAUAUUUUUCAAUUUUUAAAUUCUUUCAUAAUUAUUUGUUCCCAGCAGAGUCUCCUUGAAUAUUGUUUUGGAUGAAAGAGAAGAGAUUCUUUACAACAAUAACCUGGAGUGAAUUAAUCGUAUUGUGCGCGCAAAUUGAGUUGAAUUGAAGUAAGAAUUUGCGGUUGGCAAAUAUGGUGAAUACUGAUGAGCUGAUGGCUCGAAUGGAGGUAUGCAUUCUUAAAUUCAUUCUGUAUCUCAUGUGUUCUUUACUCUAUUUUCUACUAUGUGCGCUGACAGGUUUCAUAGGCAGAAUAUUGUCCUCCACUCGAUAACAGCACAUUUCGUGCAAUAAUUACGGAUUACGAUCUCUCCGACGAAGUGCAAAUCCAGACUGCGCGCAUGAUUUUAGACAUGAUACGGCAAGAUGCAGAGUUUGAGGAAGCAACUGGCUUUGAUCCUAGUGGAAAUAGUGGGGGAAGAUACACAAAUGGAGGGGGAAUUUCAGAAGAGCAGAAUUUGCAUAAUGGCAAUGAUAGAAAUGAGGAUGGGAGUGAUAAAAGUAUACCUGGAUGGAGUAGUUCUACAGAUGAUACUUCUUUAAGUCAAGGGAUGUCUUCACUGGAUCUUUUGGAAGGAUUAGACUUUUCGGGCAGUGAAGAUGCGAGAAGUGGGUUUAAUAAUGGGAAUGGGUUUACAGAUUCAUUGAAGGCAAUGGAUGUGGACAGUCAAGAGGCUUUCUUACUUGGGACUUUUCCUAUCUUGAAACCGUUUGAUGUCAAAUUCUCGCUCAAAAAGUCUAAAGGGGAUAUUAAUUUGGCAAUCGAGGAUUUACUUACUCAAUCUUUUCUCGAAGAAACAGGAUCAAGGAGACGUGGUAUUGAAGCUUUCUCCGAAAGCUUUGCAUCUUAUAAACCCAACAAACAAAAAAGAAAGAAAAGGGAUCGAAGAACCGAAGCUUCUGAGAGUAAUACUGUUACUGAUGAUUCUUCCCUUGACGUUGAAGCGAGUAAAUGGGAGACAGGCCGAAAAGAUGUCGAUUUCAUAUGCACCAGAACUGGCAUACCAAUGCAACAAGUAACUUCAAUUUACCACAACAAUGGAGCAUCUGUACGAGCAACAAUCUUGUCAAUCAUUGAAAACUAUCCUACCACCGAUGUGGAAUCAGAGGACCCAGUAAUAGAGAUCAAUGCCGUGGAACUUGGACAAGACUUCCCGUCGAUCAAACGCUCUCAUUUGAUUACUCUUACUCAACUUACUCAUCCAUUCACAACCAGUGCACACGAACUAGCAAAAGCGCUCACAUCCACACCUGUCUCCAAAUCAGGCAAGCCAAAAAUACAAAUCGAAAUCCGCCACUCACCCCUCAAUCUCGACCCCUCCCCCACUAUCUCGUCCCCAUCAAAACAAUACUCGCUAAAUGCCAUCUACCCGACCCAUUCCAUGUCCUCCAACCCCGCUACCCCAAUAUCUCCUUCUACAGACGCAAGUCCAUUUAUGAGUGCACGCAAUACCGCUUUUCAAAAAGCAUCCGCCGCAUACAAGAAAUCCAGAUCCGACCCACUAAUGGGUGGUGCGGCAGCCUAUUAUUCCCAACAAGGACGAGAUGCCAAUGUGCGUGUUAAAGCUGCCGAGAGUGCUGCUGCAGAUGAGCUAGUGAUGAGACAAACUUGGAGCGGAGGUAUUGACUUACACGGAGUUGGUGUCCGCGACGCGGUAAGAAUUGCAAGGGAGAAAGUCGCAGCAUGGUGGGUUUCAGAGGAGCAGCGAAAAGCCAGCGGUGGAUAUAUCCGUGCUGGAGCCGGAGAAGGAUUUAAAAUCGUAACGGGAGUAGGAAAUCACAGCGAAGGCGGGAAAGGAAAGUUGGGUCCAGCAGUAGCGAGAAUGUUGAUUAAAGAAGGCUGGAAAGUAGAAGUGAGAAGUGGUGCUCUUCUUGUCACGGGUGUGGUGGGGAAGUGAGGAAGUGAGAAAGUAAAAGUCGAAGGUAUCCUUUCCAUUUUUAUCCUCUCUCUCUCUCUAUCUAUCGAUAAAGAAAAGUUGUCCUCCCUGGCACUUGGACAGCGUCAAUUAGUGGGAAAGCGUUACAAUGGCCACAUAGAGCGCUUGGAUACAAUGGCCGCAUAGAGCAUUUGAAUACAGCGUUUGUUUAGAGCGACAGCAUAGAGCAUUUGAAUUUUGGAAAUGGGCUACUGGAUAUCUCAAAAAACGAGCUUCUCACAUCAGAGCCACAAGCGAACAUAUAGAAGUCUUCUCUUGUCUAUUGGAUACGAAGGCACAUAAGCGAGCUAUACUUUUAGUGAGAGUGUAUUGUAGAGCGUAAAUAUUUGUAUUUAGUACAUUAGCGAUAAAUGGUAGAUAGAUAGAUGGAUGAUAUUAAGAA